GAUUGACACCUGCGUCGACCAUCCACGCUGGAAGUCAGCGGUUCUCCCGGCCCACGAACCCCAAUGAGAGCGCUCGGAAGCCGGGCUUAAGGAGCGUCCUGCUCCCGCUGCGUGCAGCGCCGCAAACAGACAUCUUCCAUCCUCCGCAGAGACGAAGAGAACGAGGGGUUUCCUUGAGUGUUUUUUUUUUUUUAAUUUGGGGGGGAAAAAUAGACGAAGGAAGCUUUGGAGAUCCCACAAGUGGCUGAGCGAUGGUUUAGCGACGCGGCCGCUCGGAAUCUUCGCACGACCUGCCCGCAAAAAAAAAAAAAAAAAAUCCACAACCGCAGGCGCGACCUGGAGGGAGGGAGAUAGAUGGAGGCUGUCCUCCGGCUGGCGUUGCUGCUGCACGUCGCCUCGGCCGUCGGAAGCGGCCAACGGGAAACCGAGUCUGACGCCGCCUCCGCCGCGGCGGCGUCCGACUUCCUGCGCACGGGCGACUCCGUAGCCCUGGAGCAGGCCAACUGCUCGCGCAGGUUUGAGCUCCCGCUGCAGCGGGGAAGGUCACCCGAGAGCCGGCAUCGCGAGGCGCUCGACUCGGUGCUGCACGCCGCCAACUUGCUCAGCUUGGUGCUGCAAGCCAACAGGUCCAGGGAAGGAGGUGCGCGAGAUGUGGAGUGGUACCACGCGCUGGUGAGGAGUCUCCUUCUGGGGGAGCGGAAAAUCCACCGGGCCGUGGUCAGCUUCUCCUCAAACGGGCCGGGAGUGCACCUUCAGGCCACUAGAACCGGAGAGGAGAUUGUGCUCCAGGACCUGCGCGACCGGACCUGGGAUCACGGCGAGCGGCACCACGGCGUGAAGCACAAGAAGUUCGGCUUCCGCAACAAGGCGCCGAACCGGGAUCCGGACGACGACCCGAGAAGAUGGGAAAGUUUCAUCCCGGACGGGACGCACGUCAAGUGGUCGGCGCCCUACCUGGAGUGCCGCGACGGGAACUACGUGCCCAGGUGGUCGGUCACGCUGUCGGCGGCUUUCUACGGGCUCGGGCCAAAUUUGGUGCCGGAAUUCAGGGGCGUGGUGCGAGUGGACAUUGAUCUCCAGGAUGUUGAUAUCGACCAGUGCUCCACUGAUGGCUGGUUCGCAGGAACCCAUCGCUGCAACCUGACCACUACGGAGUGUAUGCCAAGCCACGGCCACGGCUUUGUCCUGGAUAAGUACAAAUGUCACUGCAAGAAAGGCUUCUACCAUCCCGACCGUUCAGCCGCCGCUGGAUAUCCUCCGCCAGGGUCGGUGAUUGAAUGCCUGCCGUGCCGACCGGGCUGCUCCUCCUGCAAAGACGACGCGCCGUGCAUCGCCCGGCAAGACGGCCCUCUACGCACCGCCGUCGUCGCCUUCCAAUGCGUCUGUAUGCUGGCGGUCUUCGUUAGCAUGGUGCUGGUCUACCACUUCAGGAGGAACAAGACUAUCCGCGCGUCGGGUCUCGUAUUGCUGGAGGCCAUCUUGUGUGGGGCGCUGCUUCUAUAUUUCCCGGUGGGGAUCCUUUACUUCCAGCCCGGCGUGUUCCGCUGCAUCCUGUUGCGUUGGGUCCGACUGCUGGGGUUCGCCACUGUCUACGGGACGCUCACGCUAAAGUUGUACAGGGUGCUGAAGGUGUUCCUGUCGCGCACGGCUCAGAGGAUUCCCUACAUGACCAGCUGGCGGGUGCUGAGGUUGCUGGCGGUCAUCCUGCUGGUGGCUUGCUGGUUCCUGGCGGCCUGGACGGCGGCCGUUUGCCAGACGGCCGACAGGAAGCUGGCGCUGAUCCGCGUGGGCCGCACGCCCGACGGCCUUCAGUUCAGCAUGUGCCUGCUCGACCCCUGGGACUACAUGAUGGCCCUCGCCGAGUUCCUGUUCCUGUUGUGGGCGGUGUACUUGUGCUACGCCGUGAGGACGGUGCCGUCCGCCUUCCACGAGCCUCGCUACAUGGCCAUCGCCGUCCACAAUGAGCUGGUCCUGUCGGCCAUCUUCUACGUCAUCAGGUUCACGCUGGCGCCUGAGCUACAUCCCGACUGGAUGCUUCUGCUCUUCUUCACGCACACGCACCUGACGGUGACGGUCACGCUGGGCCUGCUGCUCAUUCCCAAGUUUGUGUUCGCGGGUACACAAAUGCGAGACGACUUGGCGUCGGAGGCAUACGAAGAUGAGCUGGAUAUGGGCCGCUCGGGAUCCUACCUCAACAGCAGCAUCACGUCGGCCUGGAGCGAGCACAGCCUGGACCCGGAGGACAUUCGGGAGGAGCUGAAGAAGCUGUACUCCCAGUUGGAGAUUUACAAGAGGAAGAAAAUGCUAGCCAACAAUCCGCACCUGCAGAAGAAGCGCAGCUCCAAAAAAGGCCUGGGCCGCUCCCUGAUGAGGCGCAUCACCGAGAUCCCCGAGUCGGUGCACCGCCAGUGCAGCCGCGAGGAAAAGGACGUCGGAGACCACGGCAGCAAUCGCAACAGCAUCUGCGUUCUGAAGAAGAACCCUUUCGAUCAGACGCACACGGUCAAAGCGGUCAAAGAGGAGACCCUGAAAAACAAGGUCUUUUCCUUGAAGAAGUCCCACAGUAGCUACGACCACGUAAGAGAUCCGGGCCAAGACUCCGACAAGAUGGGGGUGAGCGCCGCCGAAGGCUCCCUUCUGGAUGCCUUGAUGGGAAAGAAGCUAGUAAAAAAGAAGUCCCGGGAGAACCUGGACGCCCCCUGCGAGUCCACCGAGUCGGUCCCUCUGGUCUGUAAGUCCGCCAGCGCCCACAACCUGACCGCCGACAAGAAACCGCUCCACCCUCGCGCCAACGUGCUGCAGAAGUCCCUCAGCGUCAUCGCCACCGCUAAGGAGAAGACGCUGGGCUUGGCCGGAAAGACCUCGAGUGCGGAGGACGGCCCCAAGAGGCCUCAGCCGAGGAGCAGAGACGAGAAUGAGACCAAGAAUGCCGUCGGCAAAGUCAAAAGCGCCAAGCAAAGCGAUCCGGUUAAAGGGAAGGACUUUUACAAUCUCUCCGAGGUGUGUCCCUGGGAAGUGGAAGAUCUCCCGACGCCUUCGGAGAACAAGGUCCAAAAGCACGUGUCCAUCGCGCCUGAGGAAACGACCACAGUUCACGGGGGCAGCUCCAAGCCCAAGAAGCAAAUGCUCUCGGAUCAGACUCCUUCUGGAAUCAGACAGUCCAAGGAAGUUCAGAAGACCAACACCGCAAGGGAAGAAGUUUGUCCCUGGGAGGGAGGUGAAAACCAAAGCGGUCCGGCGUCCGGUCAGGCUACGAAACUGCAAGAACCGCGUUCCAAAGGGGAAAACGCCACGAGCAACCGGGCCGAGGUUUGCCCGUGGGACUUUGGUGAACCUGCGACAGCAGAGACUUUUCCGUUAAAGACCGCCGAAACCCAAGGGAGGAACACCGUCACGGGAAGUUCGCUUAAAGCCGACGUUUGUCCCUGGGACAUUCCAGCGUCUCCCGCCUCUGAUGGCACGCCCAGUCCGUCCCGCAGUUCCAAACCCAAGGAUUCGCCUUCCAAAAGGAAAGGAAGCCCCUGCCAGAGAACUCUCGAGAAAGACAAAUUAAAAGACGGCAAUGAGGAGAAGAGUAGAACUAAAUCAAAGGACAAGAGCAAACCUGAAAAGCAGCAGAAAGUAGCCGAGGUUUGCUCCUGGGAUGUCGGCGAUCAGCAGGAGGCUCCGGCUGUAGAGAAACGCAAAAGCGCCAACGUCGGUGCCGCCAAAGUCAAGAAGGCCGACGUUUGUGCGUGGGACUUUGCGGAAGCGUCGGAUAAAAGCCCUUCGGAAAGAUCCUCGGCCUUGAGGAGCGACCCCGAUCCCGCAAAGAAAGCCGACGUUUGUCCGUGGGACUUUGAGGAACUGUCGGAUAAACAAAGAACCUCAGCUGCGAGGAGGAGCGACCCCAAUCCCGCCAAGAAAGCUGACGUUUGUCCGUGGGACUCUGAGGGACCGUCAGAUAAAGCCGCCUCGGAAAGACCUUCCACAGCGAGGAGGAGCGACCCCAAUCCCGCCAAGAAAGCCGACGUUUGUCCGUGGGACUUUGAGGAAGCGCCUGAUAAGACCACGCGGAAGAGCAAUCCUAAACCCAGUCCCCCUAAAAAGGCCGACGUCUGCCCCUGGGACUUUGACGACAAGACGGCGUGACGCUUUCGGGGGUCAAAUCUGAUACGGGACGACUUGCAAGAAAAAUCGAUUCCGUUCCACGAGUUGCCUUCGUUUACGACAUCGUUUUCCCGUUUUGUGUAUUUCGGAGACGCCGACUUUUACAAAAGGAGACGAUGAGCAUUCCAGACGAUGGCAGGGAAAACCUGAAGACGACCAAUUAUGCAACUUCUCACUCAUCACUUGACUUUGCCGUUUUGUCUGUACAUAAACAUCACUCACGUGGGGACUUAGACGAGUAGUAUCAGGAAGGUUGAAGUAACAGAAAUGGCGGACAUUUUGGAAAGCAAUCAAGUCCGAAGCACUUUAGUCCACUCCAUGAAGCGACUGCACCUUCACACCUUCUUCUUCUUCUUCUGGUUUGCAAGAUCAAUUCACUUGGAGUUCCGAUGUACUCUAUGUGCCUAAGUGAGGAACCGACCUCGCCGUCUUGUUUUACGUCCUGCUCGGCUACAAAUGAAAAUAUUGGAAUGCCCUGUUCUCAAGCCCCUUUCGCGCACGGUAGAGUCGACGCUCAUCGUCUCAGACCGCUUUGUUAAUUGGAACCUUUCGCCUACCUUCCAAAUCGUUUUAUUUGUACUUAUUUUUACGACCGCGGUAUACGACAAGCUAGCCUCCAGUCGGAAAGAAGGUUUCACGUUACGAUCCCUGACAGUGCCUGUGACAGCAUAAAAAAAAAAAAUCUUAAAUAGCAUGAAUUAGAAUCAUAUUUUGAGACGAUUCGACUAUACAGUGCUGGCCAAAAGUAUUGGCACCCCUCCAAUUCUGUCAGAUAAUGCUCAAUUUCUCCCAGAAAAUGAUUGCAAUUGCAAAUGCUUUCAUAGUAGAAGUGUGCAUCGGCACUGCCCUCACGAUUCGAUUCGAUUACGAUUCGGAGGGCCACGAUUCGAUUUGAUUCAGAGGGUCGCGAUUGGAUUCGGUUCGAUUCGGCAAUGCAUCGCGAUGCAUUAAAGCCUGGGAUGCAUUAAAAUUCUAAAGCAAAGCAUAUUUUUUGUGACUCAUGAGGCAACACAAGCGGUCAGACAUUAAACAACUUUUUAUUGGCUCUUGUGUCACUCCUGGUUGAAGUCAAAUGAAAAUACUUUCAGAUAUACUGUAUAUAUAUUAAAAAAAACAGUAGCAGCCUUUCACACAGUGCAACAUCUGAACUCCUGUGCAAAAUCAGUAAUAACAGUCACUGUAUUUUAGUCACAACGACCCAUCAAUAAAAAUAUUCAAGUAAAUAUUGAAGAAAACGACAAAGAAAAUAUUGUAGUGCAGCAGCAUCUUUAUCGCAAUAUCAAUCCAGGGAUCAGUUGAGUUGCAAACAAAACAUCAACUAAAUUGCAAUGUAGAACAAAAGUAAAAUGUAGGCCUAGCCCGCUAUAUAUGUGCAAUAGAGGUUAGAUCGGGCCUAAAAAAUUCAGCCCGACCCGACACGGCCCACUGGUAUUGAAGCCCGACCCGGCCCGAGCCCGAUCAAUUAACUAGAUUGGCAGGCCUGGCCCGAAAAUCCCGAUUUUUUUUUUUUUUUUUUUUUUUUUUUUUU